CCAGGCAACAGCAUCUUUCCCCCACACCUUCCAGGAACGAUCCAGACAACAGGAUCUCGCUAGCAAUAUAAAACAUAAGAGUCAGGAAUGAUGAACGAGAUUAAUGAUGAUAUGUUAUUCUGGACCACGAAGGAGCGAACUAAUCUAUCAAGGUUCUUUCUUUUGAGCCUUCUAUUUACUUUGGCUAGCUUGUGAAACCAACAUAGCUACUAUGUUGAGCUUGUGAGAGGUCAGUGAAGCUACUGUUUUAAGCUUGCGAGAGGUCAGUGAAGCUACUGUUUUGUGCGUGUGGUCAGUAACAUGGAUGGACACUCGGCUCGUGAAACAGGAAUCCGACUUAGCAUAUAAAAUGCUUGUUGGCAAGAUGCCUUAAAUAUUAUUUUCUGUGUUUGUAGGUGUUGUGGAUGUGUGUAGUAAUGAUACCUCACUGUAUGAUCCCCUCCCUCUCAUAUUUGACUUGUUACAGGUGGCUUGGAUGUCACAGUGUGGUACUGGAAAGGACUGUGCUAUGCAGUCCUGUGAUGGCAAGAGCUGCAGUUACAACACUAGGUGCAAGAUGUCUAAUGGUAUAGGGUGUGUAAAUCUUAGCACAGGCAGUAGAUGUGGAACUCUGCACCUCAACCCAGCUGAAAGAUAUACAAGUAAGAUAUAUUGCGACAGGGUCUCCCCAGCGGCUGUUACAACGAAUUAUCAGACAGUAUCAUCCAAGGUUAUGAAGAGUUCUGUAAGAGAUGAUUGCUACGACACUCUCGGUAAUGGAACUUGUGGCAGUUACGUGAAAAUGGCAAGUUUACAGGAAAUCACUAGAGAGACUGUACCUCUUCAUUCUGCUGAAUGCUCCUAUGGUGAGAACAGUGAUAAACCUGUUCACAAGAUUCCAGUUGCUGACACUAAAGUCAUGGAGGUGACAAAACUUGAGGCUCGGGGUGAUGGAGCGGAGAUUGUAGGGAGCACAGGCAUGAUGAGGGCUGGUGGACGACACCAGUUGGUAGAUAUUCAUGGACUAGCAGUAUUUUUACGACAAUCUACUCGUUGUUUGUCUUGCCAAGCUGCUUGCUGCCUCUAUGUCACUGGCACCAUCUCUGCCCAGCUGGCUGCUGUCACACAGGUGAAGAUCACAUGCCAAAAGUGUCACUACACUGCUUCACAGGCCCUUUCCCGGCCAGCAACUGCAUCAGAUGAUUCGGGUUCACCCCGACCCACCUCCCUGCAGCCCACUCCUCCUGCCGAUAAUCAGAGUCCUCUCCUGCCAACUACAUCUAAUGACUUACACCAGUCGCACUCCUAUAUAUCAACUUUACAUCAAAAUUCACUCAAGAUACCCAAGGAAGAGCAAACAUCUGCCACAACUCUACCAGGAUACUCCACCGUUAGGGGAACCAAGUGGCUAGCUUCAAGAAGUGGAGCUUCCAGUAAACUGCCAAUUUUGUCAUCUCUUCCUUCCUUUCAGUCAUUGGAGGAGAUGAUGAAGGAGGAAGCACAAGCAUUGCCCUCAAGCACCAGUUCCCACCACACCAUAAAGCCACCAUCAACAUUUGUAGAUAAUAAAAACAUUCUCUCCACCCUAGACUUGUGUGAUUCGACACACAGCUGCAGCCUCUCUGCCACGCCACCAGACCACAACAAAGUAAUUGCCUACACCCAUGGAAGCACAGCUGCCGUAAGCUCCAGCAGCACCAUGAAAAAAGCAUCGAGUCAUUGUGGAAGCCAAGCAAAUAACAACUUCAACCUCUGUGAUGAAGUGGAAGAACCAAAGAGGCUUCCAGAGACUCAAAACCAUACACCCAAACUCUCCUCAAAAACUGCCUUGAGCAGCCACCAAACAUCUGCAGCAGAUAGUUCCAUACCUUGUGCACCUUCUUUAGCUUCUGCUUUUUCAUCCACAAGUUCUGAUGCUCAUUCAUCUUCAACAUUAUCACCCACUUUUUCUUCAUCUAUUUUUCCCAAUUCUGCUUCCGCUUUACUCAAGCUGCUGUCCUCCACAGUGUCAUCACCACCCUUGCCAUUUACUCUGCCACUGUAUUCGGCCCUCUUUCAGAACACUCUUGUACCGGACCCACUGAUGGAAACAUUAGAAAUCAAGAAGAAGGUAGAGAAAGGCUUGGAGGAAUCUCUACGCCUGGUGAGACACAUGAUCCAGCAAGGCUCCGCAUCACAACCCUCUGCCUUGGCGUCGCCAAAAGAGGGGAAGGAAGUAGAAUGCAAGAAAGAUGUUCAAGGUUAUUUACAAGAUCUGCCUAUAUCUGCACCUUCAGAUGACAGGGCUUUUAAGAAUUACAACCAGAUGUCUGGUAAUAUCAAUUUACAAACAAAUGAAGCAGAUAUUUUAGGAGCCCAACUUUUCAAAAGAAAAAAUGAAAAUAUUCUCCAGGAAGACAAGGAUAAAUCAAUAGAUGAUAAUUAUUUCUUAAUGAACAUCCCCAUUAGUGAUUGGAAUAAGUAUACAAAAAAGAACAAACAAAAAAAACGCUCGAAGCUCAGAGAAAGUGGCAAGAAGCGAUCUUAUAACAAAGAACAUGAACACUCUGACAGAAAGAAAAUGAAAUGUCAAAUAAAACACAAGGAUAACCAAAAACAAUCUUCCAUUUCAAGAAAUGAGGAAUGCAAGGACUCUGUAGACGUUAUUCCAAAAUCUUUACCUGUAAUUCAUGUUCGCCUUGUGGGAUCAGAGUUCAGUAUCCAAAAUAAUAAGGCAAAGGAUUAUGAUGAUAAUAUACCUGCUGAAUGCACUUCAUUUGAUACCAGGCAAGAAUAUUCAGAGUCUUUGGCUAGUAAACACGACCUUCAAAAUAAAAACUCAGGCGAGACGCUUGAAUCUCGGGCAACCUUGUCACCACACCAAAGAAUAGAUUGCUCCCACGAGGAAAAAGUGCACAGAUGCAAGACAAAAAUUACCACCACCUCAGAUAUGGGCACCACCUCUUGUUGCAGUGGUUCAAAUAUGGACUCCUCGUGCUGUAAUGGUUCAGAUAUGGGCACCACUACCUGCUGUAGUCAUUCAGAGGUCUCCAAUCAAUGCAGUCAAGAGUCUUCAUUCAAUUUGAAUUGUAAGUGUAAACUGUUAACAAUGAAAAAUCUAAGAAAAUCACACAUUGCAAAACCAAUGUUGGCUGGAUGCUGCAAUAGAUGCAGCCUGAGGAAAGAAUCAGGUACUGCUGGGAUCCAGAUGCAGGAUGCUAAAACUGGACUUAGAGAAUUAGCAAAUUUCUUCGAUAGAAGCACUAACAAAGCAGAUGAACAUGGAAAUUUUGAUAUAUCUAAUGAAAUUAUCAGUAACCUUGAAAGAAAUAUAAAGCUGGUGAUGCAUAAAAACUCAAUGAAAAUGGCCAUAAAAUCUUUACUCAAGAAAGAUGCACGAAGAAAUCCAAAAGUCCAGUUGCGUAGGGAUCCGAAAAUUGCAGUAGGCGAGAUGGGUGUUUAUGAGGACGUACAUGAUAUGGAAAGAGGCAUCAGAGAGUGCUGCUUCCAGGGAGAUAAUGAUAACACAUCUUGGAGGUUCCAUGAUCUUCUGUCCAGUGACUCUGGCUCCAGUUCUGACUCUGACACAAGUGAUGGGAAGCUCAUCAUUGACACAGAUAGCUAAGAUAUCAAUAUUUCAAAUUUUUAGAUAAGAUUACAAAUGAUGUCUGCAAAUUCACUAUGUACAAGAUUCUGCAGGUGAAUAACACUGUUCUUAUCAUAGGUAAGAACCAAAAUGUAAUACCGUAUGUAUUGUAUGUAGUAAGAAUUUGUGCUAUUGUACCGGUAUAUGUUAAUGCUAGUCAUAUUUUAUGUUAAGAUUAUAUAUGCAAUAGUUUGUUUCCCUGAAAAUAGGACCUAUAAUCAUUAUUUCAGAAUAGUUUCCUGGUAUUUAUCUAAGCAAGUACAGCACUAUUUACUAGGUUAAGGUAUAUUAAGCAAUACAUACAAUAUCACAAAUAGAACCCAGCAACUAUUAUCCUGACUACAAGUGAGGAAUGGCCUGGGAUGUGUAAGUUCGGUCUAGUAUAACCAUGUGUAGUUUUCAAAGAAGGGAGGAUAACAUAUUAUUGUGUCCUGUAAUGCAAUGGUCAGCACAGUCGGCUCGCAACUGAAUGGUCCAAGUUUGAUUCCUGCGCAGGACGAGAUGUUUGGGCAUAUUUAUUUUGUAGUUCAAUUUAGACAGUACUGUACUGGGAUCAAGGAAUGCAAAUCUAGAAGCAUUCGCCUUUCUGCACCCCAGGAGGUGUGUGACAAGACUAGGCAAGGUAAGAGUUGCAGAGCAUUUUUAUAGGUAAUGGGGUAAGGAUAAUGGAAUACAUUUAAUUGGUAAUCACGAAUUUGGAUUCACUUUUGUAGUAGGUUUCUGUUUUACAUGUUUUUCUUUAUAUGAAAGAAACUUGCAUAAUUUUGGUUUGGCUAUCGAUGACAUCUGAAUACAUCUACAAAACAAAUGCUAAUGUGCUUAUAUUAUCAGCAUUGUCAAAAUUCCAUUGAAGACAGAAUGCUUAACACUUUAAUGCUCUGGGUGAGCAUGCACCACACUACUCCGGGUGGGUUUGGGCAUUCCGCGGGAACGCGCGGUAAUUCUGAAAAGUGUAUAAUCUUUUCAACUUUGUUACCUCAAUUCUCAUUCUAGGUUUUCCAAUUUGGUAUCAUUGUGUUCGCAAUAGAAUUCUCUACAGGACUAAAGGCAUAUUAAGUCCAAAUGCCCAGCGUACCAUCCGGAACAAACAGAGAAAGUGAGAGCAUGUUACCUGGGAGCGCGCAAGACCGAUAAAAUGUGUACACUCCUUUCACUUUGGUCACCUCAAUUCUUGUCCUAGGUGUUUCAUUUUGGUAUCAAUGUGUUUGCAAUAGAAUUCUCUAUAGGACUAAAGGCAUAUGAAGUCCAAACGCUAGGCGUACCAUCCACAACAAACAGAGAAAGUGAGAGCUUUUUACCUGGGAACGUGGCUCAAGAGCGAUAAAAUGUUUACACUCAUUUCACUUUGGUCACCUCAAUUCUCGUCCUAGGUCUUUCAUUUUGGUAUCAUUGUGUUUGCAAUAGAAUUAUCUACAGGACUAAAGGCAUAUUAAGUCCAAAUGCCCAGCAUACCAUCCGCAACAAACAGAGAAAGUGAGAGCGUGUUACCCGGUAGCGCUCAAGACCGAUAAAAUGUGUACUCUUUUCACUUUAGACAUCCCAAUUCUCGUCCUAGGUCUUUCAUUUUGGCAUCAAUGUGUUCGCAACAGAAUUCCCAACAGAAGUAUAUGCAUAUAAUGUCAUAAACAGCGGCGCGCUCCACCCGCCGCCAAGAUGGAAAUUACCAGAAAGAGAGCGCUGCACCACCCCAAGGUGCCUCUCAUUACAAUUGAGAGUGCGGUCAUUCCGAAAUGUGUAUACUCUCUUCAACUUUGUCAUCUCAAUUCUCGUUCUAGGUUUUUCAAUUUGGUAUUAAUAUGUUCGCAAUAGAAUUCUCUACAGGACUAAAUGCAUAUAAUGCCCAGAAGCCAGGCGAGAAAGUGAGAGCAUGUUACCCCGGGAGCACGCAAGAGCAAUAAAAUGUGUACACUGUCUUCACUUUAGACAUCUCAAUUCUCGUCCUAGAUCUUUCAUUUUGGUAUCAUUGUGUUCGCAAUAGAAUUCCCUACAGGAGUAUAUGCAAAUAUAAAGUCCAAAAGCCCAGCAUCCCACCCACAGCAAACAGAGAACGUGAAGGUGCGUUACCGCAGCGAGCACUAAUAAAUAGCAAUAAAAUGGGUAUACUCUUUUCAACUUUGUUACUUCAAUUCUGGUUCUAGGUCUUUCAUUUUGGUAUCAAUGUAUUCGCAAUGAAAUUCCCCUAUGGAAGUAUAUACAUAUAAUGUCCAAAACUGCGGUGCGCCCCUUCCCAUAGUCGCCGGAAACGACGCAAUGCUGCGUCGUUACCGGACUACCCCUAAGUAAAAGAAUGACACAAUGCUGCAUUGUUACCGAGCGGAAGUGUUAAAGAAGUCCCCUAAUUCUUUCAACACACCCUCUGUAGAUCAUUCUAACAAGUCGGAAAAGCUACUGCCCUUCCUAAUAAGAUGAGCCCUGGGUGAUGAAGAGACCCCCCUGUUCCUGAAUGAGUGUGGGUUGUGGGUGCCUAAAUGAUCUUGUGUAUGAAAGUUGGUCCUUACCAAAGAAAGUAGUGAGAAAUUCCUAAGGAGCUGUGAUGAGGAUUCGAACCUAUGCACUAAUGCACGCUCUAAACGACUAGACCACGACAUGGUCAAAUGCAUGGCAACCCGGGGUUCUGCUGCAACCCGUCAUCAGACCAAGUCCAGGGUGGGCUGUCUGCCGAACCCACAAGGAUUCCCGAGGAUUUCACUGAAGCCUAACCAGGAUUGUGAAAUCCUGGUUCUGCUUCGCAUUGAUAUACCACGUUACUCUGAUUUCUGUGUAAAGAAAGUUGUAUCCAUAGACUUUUGUCUGUUCCAUGAAACCCAUUUGCCAUUAGGCCAGUGAGGGGAAUAGCACUCUGUGGUUUUGAUACUAAGACAGUGCGUGUCCCUUCCCAGUAUUUUUCAUUAAGUGGCUCAAUUCAGGUUAAGAUAGGUGUGUUAAAUGCCACAAUUUCAUAGUGCAAAUUUCUUGUUUUUACUUUCACUAUACUUUAAUCUUUAACAGAAUAAAGGAUUAAAAUGUGUUUUAUACUGUUAAUAAAGUGAGGUUGAGUUAGAUGUUAAAGUUUAAGACCUAUCAACUUGUAAAGUUUUUGAGGCCACAAUCUUUUUUUGGUUUAGAAGAUUAUAUUUUAAAUCCUUACUGAAAUCACAAUAAAAGUAAACUAAAUGUACAAUAUAUGUCUUUGUAGCAGAGUACAUACCCCUCUCCCCAUCCAUUUUACCAUACACUUACUGGUACUGAUAUCCAGCCAACCCAUCAUAAUAGGUAGAAUAUACAUCAAAAUGCAACACACUAAGGCCAAAAAUUGUCAUACUAGAAAAUGAUAGCGGCUCGCAAAAUUGACAUACUGUGCUGUUUUCUAUUUUGGGACCUCUGUUAGGUUAGGAUAAGGGCACUUUAGUACGACAGUUUUUUUACAUUGGACAACAUUAGGACGGGCUAAUUCAGCAGUCUACCCACCCUUUGGUUGUUUGUAUGGUGUGUUGUGUGUGUGUUGCAUGUAUGAUUGUAGUGUGUUUCAAAAGUGCAAGAUAUAUGGUGUGGUGAUCUAUACUCACACAGGAUACAUAGGCUAUACAUCAUGAACUUGACUGAUAGACAUAGAUUGAGAUGUAUAGACAGCCAGAUGAACUGAUGGAAAAUUGGAAGGCAGGCUAGAAAUUUAACUGACAGGCAUUGUCAUGCAGGGUGAAGUGAUCAACCAAUAAACUUACUUGUUGACCAGACCACACACUAGAAGG